AUGCCGUCUUGGAUUUGGGGGAGCUACGAGUCGAUUAGCUUGGACAGUCCCCACAAUGGCAGCUCCUUGUUCAUCUCUCCGACUUCGACGCUAAGCUGUACUUCAUCUUUCGCGUUCCCUAUGUCCUCGACUGGUGUGGUCGAAAUAAAUAUGUACAUGGAACCUGCGCCGACGACCAGCCAGAUUACUAUCAUCGUCAGUCAGGUGAAUCCCAAUGGAAACGAUGGGACGGUCGCCGAAAGGCUGAUUAUAACUUCGGCGGCGGAUUUCGUCGGAGGAUGGAUGAAUGAGAGGCUGAAUUUAGGAGGAUCCGGAUCUUACGAUGGAUAUGUAACAUUAUUGGGUCAGGCAGCCGCUAACACCGUCGUCCUGAUUGACUCAAUUAGGUACAUACCACCUUCUAUACCUGAAAGUGAAUGUACUAUUUACCAAGAUACAACAACAACCAUCACUAGUGAAGUAACAACAGAAAUUACAACUCCAACUACGACGGAAGAAACUUCAGAGCCAACAACAACAGAACCUACGACCAUUGAGUCAACUCCUGACACAACGACAAAAACUACUUCAGAGCCUACAAACACAGAGUCAACUCCUGACAUAACGACAGAAACUACUUCAGAGCCUACAACCACAGAGUCAACUACUGACAUAACGACAGAAACUACUUUAGAGCCUACAACCACAGAGUCAACUACUGAUACAACAACAGAAAAUACGUCAGAGCCCACAACAACGGAAUCCAUUCCUGACACAACAACAGAAACUACUUCAGAGCCUACAGCCACAGAGUCAACUCCUGACAUAAUGACAGAAACUACUUCGGAGCCUAUAACCACAGAGUCAACUCCUGACAUAACGACAGAAACUACUUCAGAGCCUACAACCACAGAGUCAACUCCUGGCAUAACGACAGAAACUACUUCAGAGCCUACAACUACAGGCACAACCGCUUAUACAACAACAGAAACUACUUCAGAGCCUACAACCACAGAGUUAACUCCUGACAUAACAACAGAAACUACGUCAGAGCUUACAACCACGGAGUCAACUCCUGACACAACGACAGAAACUACUUCAGAGCCUACAAACACAGAGUCUACUCCUGACACAACAACAGAAACUACGUCAGAGCCUACAACCACAGAGUCUACUACUUACACGACAACAGAAAAUACGUCAGAGCCUACAACAACGGAAUCUACUCCUGACACAACAACAGAAACUACGUCAGAGCCUACAAGUACAGAAACAACCGCUGGCACAACAACAGAAACUACGUCAGAGCCUACAACAACAGAGUCAACUCCUGCUAUAACAACGGAAACUACUUCAGAGCCUACAACAACAGAGUCUACUCCUGACAUAACGACAGAAACUACUUCAGAGCCUACAACCACAGAGUCAACUCCUGACAUAACGACAGAAACUACUUCAGAGCCUACAACCACAGAGUCAACUACUGACAUUACUACAGAAACUACGUCAAACCUUACAACCACGGAGUCAACUCCUGAUACAACGACAGAAACUACGUCAGAGCUUACAACUAAAGAAACAACCGCUGACAUAACUACAGAAACUACGUCAGAGCUUACAACCACGGAGUCAACUCCUGAUACAACGACGGUAACUACUUUAGAGCCUACAACCACAGAGUCAACUCCUGACACAACAACAGAAACUACUUCAGAGCCUACACCCACAGAGUCAACUUCUGACAUAACGACAGAAACUACUUCGGAGCCUACAACCACAGAGUCACCUAUUGACAUUACGACAGAAACUACUUCAGAGUCUACAACCACAGAGUCAACUCCUAACAUAACUACAGAAACUACGUCAGAGCUUACAACCACGGAGUCAACUCCUGAUACAACGACAGAAACUACUUCAGAGCCUACAAACACAGAAUCUACUCCUGACACAACAACAGAAACUACGUCAGAGCCUACAACCACAGAGUCAACUACUUACACGACAACAGAAAAUACGUCAGAGCCUACAACAACGGAAUCUACUCCUGACACAACAACAGAAACUACGUCAGAGCCUACAACUACAGAAACAACCGCUGGCACAACUACAGAAACAACAUCAGAGCCUACAACAACGGAGUCUACUCCCAACACAACGACAGAAACUACGUCAGAGCCUACAGCUACAGAGACAACCGCUGGCACAACUACAGAAACAACAUCAGAGCCUAUAGCAACGGAGUCUACUUCCAACACAACGAAAGAAACUACGUCAGAGCCUACAACUACAGAAACAACCGCUGACAUUACUACAGAAACUACGUCAAACCUUACAACCACGGAGUCAACUCCUGAUACAACGACAGAAACUACGUCAGAGCUUACAACUAAAGAAACAACCGCUGACAUAACUACAGAAACUACGUCAGAGCUUACAACCACGGAGUCAACUCCUGAUACAACGACGGAAACUACUUUAGAGCCUACAACCACAGAUUCAACUCCUGACACAACAACAGAAACUACUUCAGAGCCUACAACAACAGAGUCUACUCCUGACAUAACGACAGAAACUACUUCAGAGCCUACUACCACAGAGUCAACUCCUGACAUAACGACAGAAACUACUUCAGAGCCUACAACCACAGAGUCAACUACUGACAUUACUACAGAAACUACGUCAAACCUUACAACCACGGAGUCAACUCUUGAUACAACGACAGAAACUACGUCAGAGCUUACAACUAAAGAAACAACCGCUGACAUAACUACAGAAACUACGUCAGAGCUUACAACCACGGAGUCAACUCCUGAUACAACGACGGAAACUACUAUAGAGCCUACAACCACAGAUUCAACUCCUGACACAACAACAGAAACUACGUCAGAGCCUACAACCACAGAGUCAACUACUUACACGACAACAGAAAAUACGUCAGAGCCUACAACAACGGAAUUUACUCCUGACACAACAACAGAAACUACGUCAGAGCCUACAACAACAGAGUCAACUCCUGCUAUAACAACGGAAACUACUUCAGAGCCUACAACAACAGAGUCUACUCCUGACAUAACGACAGAAACUACUUCAGAGCCUACAACCACAGAGUCAACUCCUGACAUAACGACAGAAACUACUUCAGAGCCUACAACCACAGAGUCAACUACUGACAUUACUACAGAAACUACGUCAAACCUUACAACCACGGAGUCAACUCCUGAUACAACGACAGAAACUACGUCAGAGCUUACAACUAAAGAAACAACCGCUGACAUAACUACAGAAACUACGUCAGAGCUUACAACCACGGAGUCAACUCCUGAUACAACGACGGAAACUACUUUAGAGCCUACAACCACAGAUUCAACUCCUGACACAACAACAGAAACUACUUCAGAGCCUACAACAACAGAGUCUACUCCUGACAUAACGACAGAAACUACUUCAGAGCCUACUACCACAGAGUCAACUCCUGACAUAACGACAGAAACUACGUCAGAGCCUACAACUACAGAAACAACCGCUGACACAACUACAGAAACAGCGUCAGAGCCUACAACAACAGAGUCAACUCCUGACACAACAACAGAGACUACUUCAGAGGCUACAACUACAGAAUCUACUUCUGACAUAACAACAGAAACAACAUCAGAGCCUACAACAACGGAGUCUACUCCUGACACAACAACAGAGACUACUUCAGACCCUACGACUACGGAGCCUACAACAACAGAGUCUUCUUCUGACACAACAACAGAGACUACUUCAGACCCUACGACUACGGAGCCUACAACAAUGGAGUCUACUCUUGACACAACAACAGAAACUACGUUAGAGCCUACAACAACAGAGUCUACUCUUGAAGCGACAACUACAACUUCGAUGCUCACCGAUAUACCUACAGACACUUCGACAUCACAAAAUGAUAAUACUGAGACAGAUAAUACUGCUUCAGUUGCAACUGUAGAUCCAGACACAAGUACCCAAGCCCCUAGCACUUCAGAAACAUCUAAAUAUCAAACUGAUCAAACUUCACCGCCGAACCAUGACACUACAACUGAUUAUACAGAUUUCGACAUUACUACAAUUUUGAGUUACGGUACAGGCAGGACGUCAAAAGCAUUUAAUCUGCUCCAGAAAGCUAUAUGUAAUGACAACGUGGAAAUAGUCUUCGGUGAAAGCUGCGGCAAAACAGAAUGGAUACAGAGGAAUUAUGAAGAUUAUGGUGAAGAUUUGCAAGGAAUAGAAGCGACAGAAGACAGCUGCAUCGAUUCUUAUCCGCUUGACUUCGUGCCUGGAAAACUUGAAGCGAGUGUCUACUUCCAAAUCUCAUCUGAAGUUGGAAGUUUUAAAAUUUCCAUCAUAGACGAGAAUAAUUCGCUAGUCUUUAGUAGCGAAUACAAAAAGAACAAAGAACAGCAAGGCUGGAAUUUCAUAUCAAUACCUAUUACGUUUUACUUCAAAGGACAUGUAAGACUGCAAGGAAACAGUUAUUCUGAUGACGUCAUCAUAGUGGAAUAUAUACAAUUCACUUGGGAAGACGAAAAAAAUGAAACAGUAGGCCAGAAAACCCUUGAUUCAGAUGAAAACCCAAAUUUUGAAGUCGUUGAGAUAAAUCCCGAUUACGAAGAUAAUAUUGAGUAUUCAGAAGAACUCGGUCACGACAUAGAUGCUACACACGUGUCAACCCUUAAACAAAAUACGGUAGAUCGCAUUCCAAUUGAGGACAAAGAUAUUUGGCCACUGAACGAAAUAAAUCUUAGUGGAAGCCCUGAAGAUUUAGAUUAUUUCGAAAUCAAAGGACUCGACGAUGAAGAAGAAUCCGAAUUCGUGUCAGAACCAGCGCCCGAACUGCAACCAGAGCCAGACACAGAACAAGAGACAAAUCCCGAACCAGAGUCAAAUCCUGAAACAGAUCCUGAGUCUGAACCCGGCGUUGAACCUGAACCAGAACCAGAACCGGAAUCAGAAUCAGAAUCAGAACUUGAACCUGAACCUGAAUAUCAACCUGAACCUGAACCAGAAUCAGAACAGCAACCGGAACCUGAAUCCGAGCCGGAGUCACAACCAGAACCUGAACCAGAACCGGAACCAGAACCAGAAUCGGAACUUGAACCAGAAUCUGAACUGCAACCAGAAUCGGAACUUGAACCAGAACAAGAACCAGAGCCAGAACCUCAACCAGGUCCAGAACCAGAACCUCAACCAGAACCGGAGCCAGAAACUCAACCAGAACCAGAACCUGAACCAGAACCUCAACCUCAACCAGAACCGGAACCUGAACCAGAACCACAACCAGAACCGGAAUCUGAACCAGAACCGGAACCUGAACCAGAACCACAACCAGAACCGGAACCAGAACCUGAACCAGAACCACAACCAGAACCGGAACCUGAACCAGAACCACAACCAGAACCGGAACCUGAACCAGAACCACAACCAGAACCGGAAAUAGAACCAGAACUGGAACCAGAACCACAACCAGAACCGGAAAUAGAACCAGAACCUGAACUUGAGCCUAAGCCAGAACCAGAACCUGAGCCAGAACCGGAACCAGAAGCCCAACCAGAACCGGAAAGAGAACCAGAACCUGAACUUGAGCCUGAGCCAGAACCAGAAUCGGAACUAGAACCAGAAUCUGAACUGCAACCAGAACCAGAAUCGGAACUUGAACCAGAACAAGAACCAGAACCUGAACCAGGUCCUGAACCAGGUCCUGAACCGGAACCUGAACCAGAACCACGACCAGAACCGGAACCAGAACCACAACCAGAACCGGAAAUAGAACCAGAACCUGAACUUGAGCCUGAGCCAGAACCAGAACCUGGGCCAGAACCGGAACCAGAGCUUGAACAGGAACCAGAGUCUGAACUGGAAACGGAUUCAGAACCAGAACCUGGGGUAGAACCUGAACCAGGACCUGAUUCAGAACCAGAGACCAUACCAGAACCAGAACCAUUGCCUGCGCCUGAUUCUGAAGGUAGCCGAGGGUCUGAAUUCUGGAAUGCAUUUACAAUAACGAUGGUGGUGGUGGGUUCAGUGGUGGUCCUCUCAGUGACCGCAGCAUCAGCGUACCAUUGUGGCAAGAUCAAAAGACGAGACUCCAGCCUCAUAUUGAUUGAUGACGACGAAGAACCCUCGAACAUAAUACCAAGAGUCAAGACUACGUACCAUAACCCCGCAUAUUAUCCAUAAUAUUAACAAUACUAUUUUAAAUCCAUUCCAUUCAUUAAUGAAUCAAUAAAUUACGUAUUGUAGAGUUUAGAUCUAUAUCUGAAAAAGUGACGAGACGAUAAUAACCAUAGUAAAAGGAGGGGAAGUAAGUUAUCUUCAUACAA